AGUAUUCAGUUGAAUGAGUGGCCUCAAGAAGGAUAUCCACAACUGGUUCUUCCAACCUCCAAUGACACUGCAGAACAAGGUGGUUUUGCCCUCUAGAGGGAGGUAUACCAUCACCCUCCAGUUGGCAGCUGUGAUGUGCUGUGUGACGGCAUGCGGCGGGACCCCUGACCCCCGUCAGAGGGAGACGAUGAUGCACCAGGAGGCCUCCAGACAGAUAGGGGGUCGUGUGCAUCUGACAGGUGCAGAACAGCGGCUCGACGCACACCUUCGCAAGCUAAAAGAACAAGAGAUGGCUGCGGCCCAGUUCCCUCCUGCCUUUCACUUCUUCAAGGCACGGCCCCUCAUCCAUAAGAGUCCCAUCUUUAGCCUGCUGCAAAGGAUGCCCAAAGGGGCAGCUCUCCACAUCCACAGCUCAUCCCUGGUGAGUGUUGAUUGGCUGGUGAAGAACAUCACAUACAGGCCCCAUUGUUACAUCUGCUUCACAUGGGGCAGGUCUGUACGGUUUGUCUUCUCUAGUCGCCGGCCCUUCCCUACCUGGGACUGCCUCUACUGGCAACUGUUGAAGACCUUGAGAGCCAACAUGGUGGAUCCUACAGGCUUUGACUACAGCUUGAUGCAGAACCUCACUCUGUUCACUGAGGAUCCAGACACUACCUACCCGAGCCAGGAUGCAGUGUGGGAGAGGUUUGAGAUGGCAUUCGUGGCCAUAGCUGGGCUGGUCACCUACGCUCCUGUGUUUAAAGACUUUCUCUACAAGGGCUUAGAACAGCUGUUUCAUGACAACAUCAUGUACCUGGAACUAAGAACUGGACUAUCAAGUACAUAUGAGCUGGAUGGAAGCAUCCAUGAUAAAGCCUGGUCCUUGAGGACUUAUCAGGAAGUCACACAACAGUUUGUGGCUGAACACCCUAGCUUUCUGGGAGCUCGACUCAUCAUUUCCGUCCAUAGGCUUCUAAGUGUGUCUGAUGUUAAAGCAGCUGUAAAAGAGGCCAUUCAGAUGCAGAAGGAUUUCCCAGAGUUUGUUGCAGGAUUCGACCUGGUUGGCAGGGAGGACAGGGGAAGACCUCUCUGGUUCUUCAGGGAGGCCUUAUCUCUACCUGCAGAGCUUGGAGUCACGCUGCCAUACUUCUUUCAUGCAGGAGAGACUGACCACGAGGGCACUGAAGUGGAUGAAAACAUUCUGGAUGCCCUACUGUUCAACACCACACGUAUUGGGCAUGGGUAUGCCUUGGCACACCACCCACUGGCAAAGGAGCUCUCCAGGAAUGGAAACGUGGCCGUGGAAGUAUGCCCCAUCUCAAACCAGGUGCUGAAGCUGGUGUCCGACCUAAGGAACCACCCUGCAGCUGUGCUGAUGUCUGAGGGCCACCCCAUGGUGGUCAGCUCUGAUGACCCGUCCCUGUUUGGGACCACUGGGCUUUCCUAUGACUUCUAUGAGGUGUAUGUGGGCAUCGGUGGCUUGAGGGCUAACCUGGGCACUCUCAAGGAGCUGGCCAUCAACUCCAUAAGAUAUAGCUCACUGCCAUCACAGUUGAAGGAGAGAGGGCUGGCCAUGUGGCAGAGGACGUGGGAUAAAUUCAUCUCUGAGAACUCAUACAGUAAUCCCUGAGCAGUCGAGGACGGGACUUCUUCAAAGCCACAAUGUCAACUCAGCUCUAUAUGAUGUCAAUGCAGACAUAUAUUCUAUGACCCUCUGGUGAAAAUCUACAGUGAAUCAAUAACAAACCACAAAUGAGUGGAAAAUACAGGAAUCGUGUUUAUUCUUUGUUUGCAUUUACAUUCAGGACCAAGGAGAACACAGCUCAAUAGCAUUUCACAUUAUGUGAGGAAUGUCCCCAUGAAGCUAUGUACAACCAACAGCUCAUUAAGAUUACACAGUCAUCUCACUGCUGACCACUGCUGACCACCAGCUUUUCAAAGCAUGAUGAUAAUGAUGUGUUCAUAACAAAGUGGGAAGGUGGUAAUUACCAGUUGAUAAUAACUCCUAUAGGCCCGCUGUAUUGUCUCUGGUACAGUAGGCCUAACUAUCUCAGUGUAUCAGAAGUCUUUAAUCAGAUUCUGUAUGUUCCAGUGCUGCCCACUACACUCCUGAAUGAUGAGCUGGUAGUAGGUGUCCUCCCCUGGGGCAAUCUCCAGACAUCUCUUUGUCUGUCUGUUCUGGAUGGCUUUUCCCUGUAAAAUACAACAAACAUUCUACUGUACAACAUCCCACAAUAAAAAACACUCAAAUGUAAAUUACGGUUCUUUUAGCCAUGGUUUUGGGCAUGUUGCCUUUGAAAUUCACUGUGUUUCAAAUGCUUAUUAGUAUACAUUUUCCUAUUUACAGAGUGUUGUAAUACUCACCUGUUGGAAGUCCCAGAGCAUGUGGAAUCCCUUCUGCUUGGCCACCUUGCACUCAUACAGUCCUGGGGUUCGAGUGCCAGUGUCCACCAGACAGCGAUUACUGUCGUACUUAUGAGACCUAAUGCCUCCAAUGUAGAUCUCCCUACUGGCUCGAUAAUAACAGUUCUGGACAGUGAGGAUAGAUAUUUAGGCUUUUCUGAGUCUGUGGUAUUGACAGUACUUUGCAUUGUGGUAUGGGUUGAUUCCCAAGUCUGCCAUGGGAUGAACCAUAUUAUACAUGUAGUUAAAUACAAAAAUACAAAGCAAUGACUGUACAAACCUGAGGACCAUAAUAAUGGCAUCCAUAUAAAAUAGGUGUGUUCCCUGGAAAUGGGCCUUGAUCUAUACAGAGAUCCAUCUUCUGGUCAUUGACCAGCUGUUGAUUUUAUAGACAGAGAUAAACAGUUAUAAAAGUGCAGAUUAUCAUCCUGGUACAGUGUAUAUACAUACAGUAUAGAUAAUGAAUGUGUUAUGUAAAGUAUGAAUGUAUUUACAAAUAAAAAGUGGGUAGUGUC